AUGAUGGAUAUGAGAGAUUUCGUGGUGAACCAAAGGAAUGGAGUAAAAGGGCUCGUCGACUAUCUAACACUAACCACACUUCCUUCUCCAUACAUACAACCUCUACAAGAGCGUCUCACUUCUGACAAAAUCCUCUCAUCUUCGUCGCUAAUUCCGGUAAUCGAUGUGUCCGAUUGGACGAACACAGAAGUGGCUAGAGAGAUCUGCGAUGCAGCGGCUAAGCUCGGGUUGUUUCAGAUAGUGAACCACGGGAUAGCUCCGGAGGAAUUGAAGGCUGUGAUAGCGGCGGCUCGCGGGUUUUUCGAGUUGUCGGCAGAGGAGAGAAGAAGGUAUUGGAGAGGGAGUUCCGUGUCGGAGACGGCUUGGUUAACCACAAGCUUCAAUCCUGUCAAAGAAUGUGUUUUGGAGUGGAGAGACUUCCUCAAGUUUGAGUAUCUUCCUCAACAACAUGACUUUGCUACCACUUGGCCUCGUGUAUGCAAGGAACAAGUGAUAGACCAUUUCAAGAUGAUCAAACCAAUAGCCAAGAAGAUUUUAAACAUACUCAUGAACAAUCUUAACUUAACCAUUGACGAGUCUAACGAAAACAUUCUAAUGGGAACUAUGAGAAUGAACUUCAACUACUAUCCGGAGUGUCCUGAGCCAAGCCUCGCCGUAGGAACUGGUCGCCACUCAGACAUCAACACUCUCACUCUCCUCCUACAAGAAGACGACAUCUUAAGCAGCCUUUACGCUCGAGCCACCGAGGACGGGGACAAAUGGAUCCAUGUCCCUCCAAUUCCGGGAGCGCUUGUUGUUAAUAUUGGAGAUGUAUUACAGAUAUUAAGCAAUGAUAGGUAUAGGAGUGUGGAGCAUUGUGUGGUGGUUAAUAAGCUUUGUAGCCGGGUUUCCAUUCCGGUUUUCUGCGGACCGGUUCAUGAUUCGGUUAUCGAGCCGUUACCAAAAGUGCUAAAGAAAAAUGAGAUGGCUCGGUAUAGAAAGAUUGUGUAUUCGGAGUACUUGAAGGGGUUUUUUGGAAGACUCCAUGAUGGAAAAAAGACUAUAGAGUCGCUCAAGUUAUAA